AUGGACGCGUGGCUGAAGCGCCAGUUCAUCAAGCGGGAAAAGUCCGAUUGGUUGGUAAAUGAAAUCUUGGGCUUCGUUUGCCUAGUGCUUUUGAGUUUUACUGUUCCGGAACUGCGCAGGAUUUGUUCCCGUAAGGACGUAGAUUCCUUGGAGACGACGUACAUUUUUUUGAUAGGUCCGUAUGGCAGGGUGAAGCGGUACUCAAGUGGGCGGGAUCCACUUUUCUGCGGUUUGCGAGUGAAGUGGAAUAGUCAUGAUUCUGGAAGUUUGGAUAGUUCAAGAAGUCUCAACGAUGAAACUGUUGCUGUGACGUUGGUAGCUGAAUACACUCUCCCUGAUGAGUUCAAAAAAGCGAAUCGAAUUUUGUACUUAGAAUCUAAUAGUAGCAUUCUCGUACAAACCAAGGAUGGUCAUGCAGGAAUUUUAGAUGGGAACUUGGAGCGCGAAACUCUGCUAGCAACCGCAGACAUCGACCCACAUAUGCUUGCAUGGGACAUUAUGGCAAUCACGUAUGAUCGGCAAAACGAAACCCUGAUUGCGUUAGAUGGUGAGAAAAUAUGCUUUCGUCGAGAAUUUGCUGGGGUAUAUAUGCUAAGGAAUUUGCUUAAGUUAUCCGUUGACGAAGAAGUGUGUGUUGAAAUGCCAUUGGAGGAGGCCUCUAAGCUGAUUCGACUGUCAGGAGCAGCAGAGGAGAUUUUAAACUGCCGUCCUACUUUAGCCAGAUUCAUAGAUGUUCUCUCAAGUGCUGUCUCUUCUUUGCCGUCGACUCCACAAGGGACGGUCACUGUUAAUGUUGUGGCCCGAGAGCUGCUGCCGGAACUGCGAUCGGUCGAUGGUGAUAAUAAUCUUUCGCGGGAUUGCAGCGGUGAAUGGGCUAACCCUAUGUGGCCACUUGUAUCGGCACUGGCGGAACGUAUCAGGCUUUUGUUGAAUCCGGAGCGUCCAUAUAACUUUGACUGUACAAAUGGAUUUAAAACAAUCGACAAAGAAGUUAUGGUCAGUGAGGCAGCCAGAAGACUUACAUUUGAGCAUUGGCCACACAUGAAUUACAGCUGGGUUUUAUCACCAACCGAACAAACGUGGGGACGACCGGGUUCUCUGUUUUGCGUGUCUUGUCUGCCUCGUAUGCUGGGAACCUUCUGA